AUGCCAAAUGGGGUCGCAUGGUUGGCAUUGACAGGUAUGUUCGACGUGUAUAUUUUUUUUCUGACGCACCACAGCAACGGGAACACGUAUUGGGAAAACAAUGAAGAGCAGCCCGGCCGUACGCGCUGGGUUGACUACAAGCAGCAUGACUUUGACAGUACCCAGCUUGACCCGAUUUGGCACGCCUGGCUCUCCCACACUCGCUGUGAGCCACCUAGCACAGACCGUGUGGCCCAAAGCUUUGAACGGUCCUGGCAAAUUCCUGCAUUCGAGAACAUGACAGGCACUCGCGGUGCAUACCGUCCGUACAACACGACGAAACCGAAGUUGUACGCGUGGGAGCCGAAGAUCGCUACCCGGCGAGGCUAA